AUGCUUAAAGUGGCGCCGAGACAGGUGCUGAAAGGCGCACUUUUUGGACGUCCAGGCGCUCUGAAUGCGGUCAGGAUGUCUCGUAGUGUGCUUCCAUUAGUGAACAGCAUGCCAGCUGUGCUAUCUGUUCGUUUUUUUGGCGGCUCACCGUUGUGCGAACAUGAGGACAAGCGAACUCGGCGGUGGGGCUCGUUGCGACGCCAGCAGAGAUUGCGGCAAGUAAACCGCGAUGCUGAGGAGUCAGAACCUGCUGCGCAAACCAAGCGGGCUGAAAACCGCCGAACCAACACGGACCCCAAGCAAGAACCCGAUGAGGAUGAGGAGCCCAGCGACGAGAAGCCCAAGGAUGAGAAGCCCAAGGACAAGAAGGGCAAGAACGAGCCUAACGACUUGAUCAAUAUCGAGAUCAACGCAACGCAUAUUCUAUGGGUUAUCCUCGGUACAAUCUUCAUCUUUUCGUUCCUGUCUUCUGGAGAAACCGGCCACGAGGUCACUUACCAGGAGUUCCGUGCCAAGUAUCUGGAUCGUGGCGAGGUUACGAAGCUUCAGGUUAUCAACAACAGCGUGGUUCGUGUUUUCACUCGUCAAAGCGGUGAAGCUGCUGCUUGCUACUUUACCAUCGGAUCUGUUGAAACUCUUGAGCGUCAUCUCAAGGAAGCGCAGGAUGCCCUCAACAUUGCUCAACGUGACCGUAUUCCCGUUGCCUACGUCGAGGAGGGUAAUUUGGCUGCAUUCUUGUUUGGACUUAUCCCCACUUUGAUGUUCUUGGGCUUCCUUGUUUGGAUGGGCCGUAAAACCGCUCAGAGAGCUGGCGGCGGAGCCGGAGGGCCAGGCGGAGUUUUCGGUAUUGGUAAAACUAAGGCCCAGCGGUUCAGUGCUACCAAUGAGGUUAAGGUUCGUUUUGCAGAUGUUGCCGGUAUGGAUGAGCCCAAGCUAGAAAUCAUGGAGUUUGUCCAGUUCCUCAAGAACCCGAAACGCUACGAAAGACUUGGUGCAAAGAUUCCUCGUGGUGCCAUUCUUUCAGGUGCUCCUGGUACCGGUAAGACUCUGCUCGCUAAGGCCACUGCUGGUGAGGCGGGCGUUCCUUUCUAUGCCGUUUCAGGAUCUGAAUUCGUUGAAAUGUUCAGCGGUGUUGGUGCAUCACGCGUUCGCGACCUGUUCAAGAAGGCUAAAGCCGAGGCUCCUUCGAUGAUCUGGAUCGAUGAAAUCGAUGCUAUUGGCAAAUCGCGUUCAGGCCCCAAUAUUCGUGGCGGCAACGAUGAGCGUGAGGCUACUUUGAAUCAGCUGUUGGUCGAAAUGGACGGGUUUGGUUCGAAUGACCACGUCGUCGUUAUGGCCGGUACCAAUCGUGCCGAUGUUCUUGACACGGCUUUGCUGCGUCCUGGUCGUUUUGAUCGUCAUAUUCAGAUUGAUUUGCCCACUCUUGAGGGCCGCAAAGACAUUUAUGAGGUUCAUCUCAAAAAAGUCAAGUAUGAUAAAGACAUCGCCGAGUUGGCUGGUAAGCUUGCUGCUAUGACACCUGGAUUCUCUGGUGCCGACAUUGCCAACUGCUGCAACGAGGCUGCGCUUGCAGCUGCCCGCAGCGGUUCGUCGCAGGUUGAAAUGCCUCACUUUGAACAGGCAAUUGAUCGCGUUAUCGCUGGUUUGGAGCGCCGCUCUCGCGUCCUUCCUACUGAUAAGCGCAAGAUUGUUGCAUACCACGAAGCUGGCCACGCUGUAUGUGGCUGGUUCCUGCGUUAUGCCGAUCCUCUUGUCAAGGUAACUAUUGUGCCCCAUGGUGCGGCUGCACUUGGUUACGCACAGCUUCUUCCCAGUGAUAACAAUAUCACCACUGAAAAUCGAAUGAUUGAUCUGAUGACUGUUGCAUUGGGUGGACGUGUCUCUGAGGAGAUUUUCUUCCCUUCAGUUACUGUUGGAGCUUCCGAUGACUUUAAGCGUAUCACAGGCAUUGCCCGUGCGAUGGUUUGUGACUAUGGUAUGUCACCGGAGAUUGGAGCUGUUCGUCUUGAGCGCCAGCAGGGCUCUGUCGCCAAGGGUUACUCCGAUCACACGGACUCUAUCAUUGACCAGGAGGUCAGCCGUAUUAUUGGCGAUGCCCAUAAGCGGUGCAAGGAGCUUCUUUCGUCGAAACGAGAGGCCGUGGAAGCUGUUGCUAAGGAGCUUCUCUCCAAAGAGGUCUUGACAAGAAACGACUUGGUCAGACUGCUUGGUGAGCGGCCUUUCAAGGAGAAUGAACAUGAGGCGUUUAAAAAGUAUUUGGACAAGCAGUGA